GACUCAGCGCGUGGCGUAAGUCGCUAUUCACGGCCCCGUUCCGUACGCUGUGCCUGGUGUUGCCUGGUAACCGAAACACUACAGCUCUGCAGGCCGAGGAAGCACGGAGACCACCCGCCAGCUGCUACCUACCUGCCAGAUUACUUAAACUUUGGCCUAAAAUUAUGGCUCAAGCCAGGACAUCUAGUUACUUACCACCUGAUAUUGAUCCUACAAAAACUUCACUUGCCUUUGGAGAAAGGGCAUUGCCAAAACUUAAAGAGGAGCUACAAGACCCUCAGCUUAUUACACGACAAAGAGCACUGAUGGCACUGUGUGAUCUUGUACACGACCCCGAGAAUGUCUAUCAGGCUGCAAACUUGGGUUUUUUGGAGAGUCUGAAAAAUUUGCUAUAUGACCAAGACUCAACUAUAAGAGAGAAAACAACAGAAAUUUUCUACACCAUGGCCGGCCACUCCAUAGGAAGGGAAGGCAUCUUGCGAAGUGACAUUAUCAUUGCCCUAUCCCAUCUCCUGGAUGAUCCUGUUGAUAUCUGUAGAAGGAACAUGCACCAAACUUUUGAGAUGCUGUCUGAGCUCCCAGCAGGUUCCGCUGCCCUCGUGGAUUCGGACUUGCUGCCACUGCUGGUGAACAAACUUGAAUCUGAACUUGAAGACAUUCAGGUUCUCAUUCUGGAUACCUUACAUUAUUGUCUGAAGAUUGAUGUUGUGCAGGCCCUCAACGCUGGAGCCGUGGAUAUUCUGAAGAGAAAGCUCACCCACCCAUCAGUGGACAUUAGAAGCAAAGCUGCUUAUGCCAUCAUGCAAAUUUGUGUGCCACUAGCAGGGAAGGACAGAGUAUGUCAGGAAGAGGUGGUCCCCCUGCUCAUUCAGUUACUGGAAGACAGUGAUAGCGAAGUGAGAGCUAAUGCUGCUGGGUCCUUGAUGAACAUCACAAUCACUACUCGAGGGAAAUAUGCUGCUUAUCAUGCUGGUGCCAUCCCCAAAUUGUUGACUCUGGUGACUGACAGUCAGAGCAGGGUGCGCCUAAACUGCCUUAAAUCACUGACUACCCUGUCAGAGGCCCCGGAGGGCCGUAACUUGCUGUUAAAAGAUGUAAGUUUAAUCCAAGGAUGCCUGGCAGACUCUAGCGAAGCUGUCAGAAGGGCAGCUACCAUUGCUCUACAAGUAAUACAGUGGAAACCUUAACAGAUCUAGCAUGGUAUGAUGGGCACACAUAUGCCUACUUCAUUUCUAGCCGUGUAUCGUGACACUUCUUGAAUGUGAAUUCAACCCCAUUCAUUCCUCAUCUAUCAGAAACAUGUCAUGCGUGGAUGGACUGGAAUGUAACAAAGAAUAAAUACUCUGUAUUGUAUA